AUGAAAUUCUUAGCCUUAGUAUCUGGAGGAAAGGAUUCCAUUUUCAAUGUCAUUCGAUGCAUUCAGGAAGGCCAUGAGUUAGUUUUAUUAGUCAAUCUUUACCCAAAAAAUAUUGGCAAGGAGACUGAUAGCUUCAUGUAUCAAAGUGUUGGAACCAACAUAAUAGAUGCUAUAUCUUUAGCUAUUGAUAAGCCAAUAUUGAAGAGAGAGAUUCUAGGGAAGCCAAAAGUCACAAACUUAGAUUAUUAAAGUAACUAAGAAGAAAGGGAGGGAGACGAAGUAGAAGACCUAUUUGAGGUAUUGAAGGAAGCAUUGACCUUGUAUCCAGAUAUUAAGGGUGUUAGUUCUGGAGCCAUAGCUUCAACUUAUUAAAAGUUAAGAGUAGAAGAUUGUUGUUAAAGGUUGGGUUUAGUCUCUUUGGCUUAUUUAUGGAAUCAGGACCAGUUUAAUUUAUUAGGUUAGAUGUUGUAGAACAAUAUGAACAUAAUAUUGAUAAAGGUAGCUGCCUUAGGUUUGUCAGAACAACAUUUAGGAAAAUCUAUAUAGGAGGUGUUUUAACAUUUUAAAGAAAUUCAUGAGAAAUUUGGAUUCCAUCCAUGCGGAGAAGGAGGAGAAUUUGAAAGUUUGGUUUUAGAUUGUCCAUUGUAUAAAAAAAGAAUAUAGAUAAAUGAAAGUGAGGUUGUUUGCCAUGAAAAUAAUUCUGUUGCCCCUGUGUAUUAUUUAUUAAUAAAAAGUUAUUCAUUAAUUGAAAAAGAUUGA